AUGUGGAUCGGUUACCUCAUUGGCUGACCCCGCCAUCCCACCUCCCAACGCGUCCUCUCUAUGCCGGCCUAAACCUCACUCCUCAACUCCAGCCAAUUCCAAAGCUUCUUAAAAAACUGAUUAUCUGAUAUAUGGUAACGACUAUCAUAUGAUGACAGUUGACCUGACCCGUUCAAGAAUAUAAUGGGACUUCCAUUAAGAAUGGAUACUAUUCACGCACCUACGGUUCCUGCGGGACCUUCGUCCCGGCCACUGGCGAACGGAAAUGCGAAGCACCUAUCCUUUGCCGAGCUUCAGGCUAAGAAGGAGAAUUUGGAAGCCGAACUGAAGGCUUUGAGCAGUGUCCUUGACUCUCAUGGAGUCAACAUGGAAACGCCUUUGACUACCGCCGACGGGUUUCCCCGAGCAGAUAUUGACGUGGCACAAAUACGCACCACUCGAGCACGAAUCAUUCAUUUGAAGAACGAUUACAAAGAUCUCAUGAGCGCUAUAGAGAAACAUCUCCACGAACAUUUUGCUAGCAUCCAAGACACCGAAGAUGUUGUACCCACGUCGACAAGCCGUACCGGGAUAUUAGGCGACUCGAUCCCAGCCACUCUAGAAGAACCCUUUGCGAAAGUCAACAGCGUCGUUGCAAACAGCCCAGCGGAGUCCGCUGGCUUAAAACCUGGAGAUGAGAUCCGAAAUUUCGGGUACGUAAAUAAGGAAAAUCAUGACGGUCUUAAGAAAGUAGCAGAGUGUGUCCAGGGCAAUGAAGGCGUAAGUCGAACCCCACCAGAACCUGAUUCGUCAAGUUAGGCCCGUAAGA